AACGAACCAUCCCCUUCCAUCGUCAAGCUCGGCGUCCCCCGGCCUCCCUCUCGCUCUCUCCUCUCCCUCGAUCCAUUCUUCUUGUCCUCCCAUUCUCUCUCCCGACGACGUCUUUCUUCUUCUAUUCUGUGGGAUUAAUACAAGGAGAGAGGGAGGAGGAGGAGAGUGAUAAUGGCGUACAAGGCGGACGAGGAUUACGACUACCUGUUCAAGGUGGUGCUGAUCGGAGACUCCGGGGUGGGGAAGACGAACUUGCUCUCCCGCUUCUCCCGUAACGAGUUCAGCUCCGAGUCCAAGUCCACCAUCGGCGUUGAGUUCGCCACCCGCACCAUCCGUGUCGACGAGAAGCUCGUCAAGGCCCAGAUCUGGGACACCGCCGGCCAAGAAAGAUAUCGAGCAAUCACUAGUGCAUACUACAGAGGAGCUGCCGGUGCCCUCGUCGUCUAUGACGUAACUCGACAUAUAACCUUUGAGAAUGUGGAGAGGUGGAUGAAGGAACUCAAGAACCACACGGAUGCAAACACCGUCAUGAUGCUCUUGGGCAACAAGGCUGACUUGCGUCACAUAAGGGCCGUCUCAGUGGAGGACGCACAGGCCUUUGCUCAACGGGAGAGGGCUUUCUUCAUGGAGACAUCUGCCCUCGAGUCCAUGAACGUGGAGACUGCCUUCACCGAAGUGCUGACCCAGAUCUACCAUGUGGUCAGCAAGAAGGUGCUUGAUCUCGGUGAUGAUCCGUCGGCUGUGCCCAAGGGACAGACCAUCAACAUCGGCGCCGACGACGACGUGCAAGCUGCUGCUAAGAAAACCGGCUGUUGCGCAGAAUAGUUGGUCAUCCGUCCAUCUUUGGUGAUCGUUAGCUGCGUGCUGCGUCGCAUCUUCAUGUGACAUUUCUUCUGUAAAGCUCAAGGGGGAGAGUACCUUCUCGGACACAUUCAUGCUUCAGGAACAUUGAGCACCACACAGGGUUUUGUGGCUACCUUUUUGCAGAAACGCAAACUUAGUGGAUCUUCUCUUGUUCUUCAUUUGAUUUGUACUCCCGACUACAAACAUCUUUCUCUAACAUUUGUUUGCUAUCUUUGAUCCA